GCGACCAAUCACGUUAAAGGGGCGGGUGGGCACCACGCAGUGCAUCGGUAGCUAAGGUGGGAGCUGCUGUAGGAGAGAUUCGUGAUUGAGCUCCAGAGAUGGGCUUCGGGCUCUGAAUUCUUCCACAUAACAGCGCAGCGCUCGUUUGGCGAAAUUCGUUACGGCUUUUCUCGCAGUGGCUGUUAAGAUAACCAAGCGGAGACCAAGGCUCAUAUUCCGAGAAGCACCACUUUUUUUCGUCUCACCUGCACAAGCGGUGAACAGGAGGAGAGCAGAAAUGGAUCAAGACAAAUACUUACCGGAGCUGAUGGCCGAAAAAGAUAGCCUGGACCCUUCGUUUGUUCAUGCAAUGCGCCUUUUGGCUGAAGAGAUCGAGAAGUACGGAGGCGAGGACCUGAGGAAGGAUGGAGACGUGCAGAAAUAUUUGGACGUCAUCAGCAACAAGAACAUCAAGCUGUGUGAGAGAGUCCUAAUCCCUGUGCAGCAGUAUCCCAAGUUUAAUUUCGUGGGGAAGCUCCUGGGGCCAAGGGGAAACUCCAUGAAGAGGCUACAGGAGGAGACGGGAGCCAAAAUGUCCAUCCUGGGGAAGGGCUCUAUGCGGGAUAAAGGAAAGGAAGAGGAGCUGAGGAAAAGCGGGGAGGCCAAGUACGCCCACUUGAGCAACGAUCUCCACGUCUUAAUUGAAGUCUUCGCUCCGCCUGGAGAAGCCUAUUCCCGCAUGAGCCAUGCCCUGGAGGAGAUUAAAAAAUUCCUAGUUCCGGACUACAACGACGAGAUUCGGCAGGAGCAGCUCAGGGAGCUGUCCUACUUGAACGGCUCGGACGAAAGCAGUCGGGGGAGGAGCACCCGAGGGCGGGGCCUGCGGCUGGCUGCCACGGCGACCACCAGGGGACGAGGGGGCGCUGUCCCACCUCCGCCCCCAGGCAGGGGGGCAGCGGCCCCCAGAGGGACGGUUGGGACGCGCGGGUCCCUCCCCACAGCUCCGUCUGCGCGAGGGGUCCCCACCCCGAGGACCAGGGGCACCCCAGGGGCUCCAGGAUACAGGCCCCCCCUGCUCUCAGCCACGCACGAGUCCUACGAUGACUAUGGGUACGAUGAUGGUUAUGACGGAGAGUACGACGAUCAGAGCUACGAUGCGUACGACGACAACUACAGCAGCCAAUCGAAAAGCACCUCGGAGUAUUAUGAAUACGGACACGGCACAAUCGAGGAGGCCUACGACAACUACGCAGAAGAGGAGUGGACUGCUGCUCGCCCUAGCCUCAAAGCCCCACCCGCAAGACUAUCGCGAGGGGGCUACAGAGAACACCCCUAUGGUAGAUAUUGAAGGUGACUCGCACUGUUUGAACCACUCAAUAGAUGGAAGAUUGUAAAUGAAGGGAUCAUGAAUUUCCCAUAAAUGAGAAGAGAACGCUCAGCAGAAGAGCAAUGUUGAGGUCACCAUUCGUCUCUUGCGGGUGCCAGGAAUGAUGGGAAACGAUGACGCCAGAGAAUGACUAACAUGGCUGUUUGAGGCCUGGCUUCAAACUGGGCGGCGACAGCAGAAACGGCACAACGGCAGCUGAGCGGACAAAGAAGCCAACUGGACAAACUACAUGUCCAACCACAUCAGAAAGAAAAGCGACAGAAAAUACCAGAAAAGGACAAGCAAAUUCAACAGCUAUGCAACCAAGAUGUCAAUUUGUCAUCUUUUUCAUUUUGUCUACUGUUGUGCCCUCAUGUUUUAGACCUUUUUAUGAGUCAAUGCCUUUCACUAUUGCACAACCAGAUGUGCUGAGGUUUUGUGUCAGAAAGGGCUACUGCGAUAUCAAUAAAAAUGACUCACACAAAA